CGUUACUGUUUGUCAAAAUGAAAAAUGAUGUCCUUGUCGACUUCUACCUCUCUACAAUCAAAACACAGAUGUGUGAAUUGCAACUAGUUGGACUAAAGGAAGAUGACCCUCACUAUGCUGUGGUAAUGCAAGCAAUCGAGUCUGUCAGACGUGAAUUAGGCUCGAUGACUUCCCGUCUGCUCAGUGCUGCCUUACCUACAAAUACUCGGCAUAAACGUUUAUUUCGAACUAAAUAUGUUGAAGAUGUGGACUUACGGAAUAUUGAAAAUUGUUUAGUAUCAGCUGCCAAUAAAGUAGUAAAUUUUAAUUUCGGCCAAUCUAAUAUAGAAUGUGAUCUUAGACCGGCUCAAGCAAGUGCUACAGAAUUUUUAGAUACACAUAGUCGUGUCCAAGCUAUGGUUAUCAGUAUAAUGGAAGCAUGUUUAGCUAGUUUAACUUCUAAUGAUACUGAAGAUAAUUCAACCGUCAAUCAAAGAAAUAAUAUCCAGGGUGGUGGUGGUGGUGGUGAUGACUCAGAUUCAGUUGACAAUGAUUCUAUUCCUGCUUCCAAUGGGCGUAGAAUGAAGUCAUUGCGUUUAUCACAAAUCGCGUCUACUGCUUCAUCAAACGAUUCACAUCAUUCCAUUUCAUUGAAACAGUCUAAUUCAAAGGUAUCGACGGUAAACAACAAUAGCAAAAUAAUUCAUACAUCUGUACAAGUGAAUAUUGCCUCAGUAAUUUAUACAACACCAGUUAAACUUCCAUCAUCAGAAUUGUUAACUAUUUCACCGGAGUUAUUUCAUAUUCUAUUAGAACUUGAUCAUUGUUCAGCUCGAUUUGAAUUUGAUUUUGUCAAGUGUGUUUCACGUCGAGUGCGUACUCUACAAGAAGCUGAUGAUGUACAAAUGGUAGCUGUACUCUUUUCUGAAACAUUAAUGUGGGGACUAACUGUAAAAUUAUUAACAGUACAACAAUUAGCUGAUCGUGAUCCAUGCGUUCUGUUAGCUCUGCCUCGAUUGAGUAUCUUAGUCGGUUGUCGUCUGUUACCUGAUUCACCUGUCGGUGCAAAUCGUUUAGCUGUGGGCCAACGUUUACCAUUUAUGUUCAGUUCAUCACGUGCCGAAUUAGCCUAUCUCUGCAGACAGUUGUAUGCCCUACGACCAGAUCAGUUAUGUCGACUAGCUAGAUGGCUUGGACCAAAUGGAUUACCAAAUUUAAUAUAUAAUCAAAAAAUAUCCACCAAACUGUCAUCACAUAUUGAGCAGGAGGAGAAUUUAAACACAACAUCAUCUUCAGAGCUACCUACUAAUAAUAAUAAUGCAAAAGUCACAGUAGUAAAUGUCACUAAUACACAUGCUUCUCAGCCAACUUUAUCCACUUUGUCACCAACAAGUGGUGGUGGUGGUUCAUUGCCGAGGAAUUUUCUCGGUACAUUCUAUCAAAAAACGCAUGUAUGGAAAACUUAUCUGCCUGGAUUACAUCGUCUGUAUAAGUGUAUUUCCUCUGUGGCUGAUCAAUUCGCCAGGGAAUAUCCAACAGAAUUACGAUUCAUCCUACAGAAAGUUAUAGAAAUGCAUGACACGAGUAAUGAGAUCGAUGCAGAAUCAUCUGGUUCCACCAGUGAAAAUCCAAAUGGUGAAAAAGAAGAAGAAGAACGAGGACAAGUGGAAGAUGAAGAUGACGACAACAACACCAAGAAAGGAGAAGAUGGUGGUGGUGGUGAUGAGCAUGAUGAUGGUGAAACUGAACUUGAAGAAGAAAUAGAAUUCAAUCCAUUCCACAUGAUAACUAUGAAUGAAAGAAAAAUACAAGAGUUAGCUAAUCUAUUCAAUUGGAAUAAAGUUAUGCAAUUCAACAAGACUACAUCAUGUCAACAACAUGACCACCAACACCCCCAUCAUCACCACCACAAAUACAAACAGCAACACCAACAAGAAGGACAACAAUCAAACUUGAAUCAAUUAUUUAAAGAGUAUAGUUUACAUUUUCGAAAAUACACUAACAGCAGUACUACUGAUAAAUGUAUAAAUUCUAUGGAAUCCUCUAGUCACUGUUCAAUGAAAUCAUCUGAUUGUUGGCUACAAAAAUGUACUACUGGCGGUGCUGCUGCUGCUGCUGCUGCCACCACUCCUCGUAAUGAUGACAGCAGCAUUUCAGCAUUACGUAAAAAUAGUAUUUCAUCCAGUAUAGAAGAUAGUGUUAUUCUUGUUGCUGAUGAAAUUGGUUUAGAUGUAGCAGCGUGUUUAAGUCAUGAUGAUAUUGAUUUUGAAAGAUUAACUGAGCUGAGUGAUAAUUCUAAGUUGAAGUCAACUUCUCCUGUAAAGAAUAAUAAUAUUAAUGACAAUACUCAUAAUCAAUCGAGCACUUUUACACAAAGGCUUCAGCUAUUAAAUUUAGGAUCACCUAUUGAAGGUAUACAAAAUCUAAAUGAUUCUCUCCUAUUCAAUUAUUUACCCACUUGGCAACCUGAUUCUCCCCCAUCCUCAUCAUCAUAUCGAGCUGUUGUCAAUCGAUCAAAGCUUGAAACUGAUGAAGACAAUAAUUCUACACACUUCACAGAUGAUGAUAUCAUUGGUGAUGAUACAGAUGAUGCUGAGGAUUAUCAAUCUGAUUAUAUAGUUGGACGUCAAUGUGCAUCGUGUAAUCGUGGCUUCACCUUGAUUUGGCGUCGUCAUCAUUGUCGUCGAUGCGGGCAUAUCUUUUGUUCAAAAUGUUGUAAUCAUUGGCAACCGAUUGAAGGGUUGGCAAGUGAUAAACCAGUACGUAUAUGUCAUGAAUGCUAUGAAUUUCUUAGUCCAAAUAUCUGAAAAAUAAAUAAAUAUUCUGACUAUCUGUGUUAUAUAUGCAUAUUAGAUGAUGAUGAUGAAUUUGUGCAAUGCAUCACACACAGUCACUGUCUUUCUUCAAACAUCUCGUGCCAAAUAAACUCAUGUUUGCCUCGUCAGUGUGAUAAAGCAGUACUGGCUAUCGCUUAUUCGUCUAUCAAUCGACCCGUAAUUCCAUCACAGUAUACAUGUUUUGGGAUAUUAAAUGGAGUCAAACGGUUUCCCGUUUAUCUUAUGUGAUGAUAAUGCCUAUACAUAUGCAUAACAUUCAUUGUUCAAUGCUACAGCUGUUUUAAAAAAUAAUUGUGAUACUUAUUUAAUUUCGUCACUAACUUUAUUUAUUUUAAAUUUAUUAACUUGCUUUGAAGGUAUUUUCUCUCAUAUGUAUGCAUGUAUGUAUGUGUGUAGUUGGACAAUUUAGGCAAUAAUGACCAUACAUACAUAAAAUCAGCUGAUUGGUGCAUAUGUCAACUGUAAAAUCUGAUAUUAACCAAUCAGAGUGCAGCCAUCUCGCCUACUGAAUUAGGUGUUCUCUGAUUGGUAGGUUUAAGGACGACCUAUCUAUCAGCUGAUUAUAGGCUUUAUCCACAUGUUUUGUGGUUUACUCUGUUUUAUUCUUCAGAUAAUAUAUUAUUAUUGUGUACAUAAAUAUGAUUUUUUUUAAUUUCUGUAAAUGAUUUGUUGAUUCACUAAUAUGCUUUGUAUACAUAACUGAAUUAUAUUGCUAC